CUAAAGGGAAGGGGGCGUCAUCUUAAUAGCAGGCGGACAGACGGGCGUCCCGAACACAACAAAUGGUUCGCGAGUAGCGCGGUUGCUUUCAUAUGGUGCUGGUAGACGAGCGCCGAGUCUUAAGGUGUGAUUUGUUAGCGCUCCAAAAGGCACAUUUCCCCCCAUUGACAAGAAGCAUGGGAGACUCCUGCUGACACAACGGAGAGAUACACUCUGAGACCCACUAUGGCUGUGGACGCCGCGUCCAGCUUCAGUUUCUGCCGGGCCUCCCUGGACCACACGGUGUCCAGCGAGGAGCUGAGCUACCAGCUGCCCCGGCGGGCCGGCGGGGGCGGCAGCAGCCUGACCUGGCACGACGGCCGCGGCCAGCAGCAGGGGGCGCACACGCGCACCGUCAAGCUGCUGCAGCAGCCCGGCACUGAGGGCAUCCAGCUGCGUCCAGGCGAGGCCUUCACCGUGUACCACACCAGCCCCACGCUGUCCUGCCUCUCCAAGCCCGUGGUGCUGUGGACCCAGCAGGACGUGUGCAAGUGGCUGAAGAAGAACUGUCCCCACAACUACCUGACCUACGUCGAGGCCUUCGCCCACCACGCCAUCACAGGCCGGGCGCUGCUGCGUCUGAACGGGGAGAAGCUGGAGCGGAUGGGCAUCGUGCAGGAGGGCCUGAGGCAGGAGGUGCUGCAGCAGGUCCUGCAGCUGCAGGUGCGGGAGGAAGUGCGGAACCUUCAGCUCCUCAGCAGAACCUCCUUUGGAAACUUCUCUUAGCUCAUCCCUUGAUCCAGUUGGCAGCCCUCUUCCUCUCCUCUGCCACAAUACGGCUCCCAGAGUCUUGGAGGAGCUGCUGUGUGCAGAUAUGUGAGGGGAGAAUCAAUGCGUGAAAGGGGAGAGGACGAGUCUAUAGACUUCAUGCCAAGCAGACCAGAAGAUUCUCAUUCAACACGGCCAAUCUACUUUAGAGACACAGAAAACAGAGACAAAGCCCUGUUUAGGGGUGGGGGGGGGGGGGGGGGUGCAUUAACAUAGCGAUACGAUGUAAGGUUCACAUCCCCAGCGACAAUACGAGCAUAUCACAUUCCCAAUCUUAUCAGAGACAAUACUUUUGUGUUUUAGAACUGUUAAUAUAUGGAAAUUGAGAUGAUUUGGACAUGCCGUUUUUUUAAUCAAGGACAAUUACAUAUCAUACCACACCACGAUUACAUUUAUUCCAGAAACUAGAAAAACGAACACACAAAAUACGGGGGGGGGGGGGGGGGGGGGGUAGCUGUUGAAAAGCUCCUAUUUUCCUUUGAAUAAUAUUUUCAUUGCAAUUAUCAUCAUUAUCAAUCAUCAAGUCAUCAUUAUUAGGUCCCUUAACAUUAACCUCUCAGGACUUUCAUUUUUGAAUAUGCAUCACUUUGUCCAUUGUUAAAUAAAACAAAUAUAUAAUAAAACACAACAGUGCUCAUUGGUCACAGCACUCAGAUAUCUUCUAUGUAUAUUGGAUGACCUGCAGUAUAUCAGUACAUUAUGAACAAUCAAUGGAAGAAACUCAAUAGAUAAUUUAUAACAAUGUAAACCAUUGGUCUGUGUAGACUGUGGCUGUACGUUUGUAUUUAGAAUGGAAUUGAGGACAACCCAAGACCAAUAGCCGACUGCUUUUGUUCACUAUCGUGGAUCAAGUAGCUUUUUCUGUAGCAGGCCAGAAUGAAUGGCGUCUUGUUUAGGAAGUGCUCAACUUAUGAUAAUGAUCAAGUAACUGCAGCAUGUACAUCUUCCAAGCCCUCCGGUCACUGUAAGGUUCUCCUUCUGUUUAUGUCGUUAUAUUAUUUAUGUUAUAUCAUUAUAUUCGUUUUUUCAAAAGCCCAGAACGCCGUCUAUACUGUGAGGGCAGCUGGCACGACGCUCUGCCUGAGGAACCGGAGGAAUGCUGAACACAGUGAGCUGGAAACGGGGACGUCUCAUUCACGUUCCAAACCGCGAGAAUACGAGAAGCUUUGUCCAGUCAAAGCUUCUCCUUCCCAUCAAUUCAACCCCAUCGAUCCAUACAUUGAAGGACUUCUUGGACUAAGCAAGUGAACCACUCUUAGCGAGGAAGUGAAGAAAAGACACUCUAUGGUUUAUUUUUUGACACUGAUGUAUAUUUCCAAACAUCUCGCUUUACUUGGUUAGAGAGGAUGUGAUACAAAGGGGAACAGAGGAAAAUGUCUGAUAUAUAUUAUAUCUGAUAUAUAAAAGCGUAUAUCGUAUAAUAAUAAAUUAAACUGUCUUUUUAGAAUAAACGUGUACAAAAAGUGUGAUACUCCUGUGCAAUUAUUUUCCACAUGCAUAUUAUGCCCUUAUUUACCGUGAGUUGUGUACAAUAUGUUUUUCCUUUAAAACGGCUCUUUCUAUUACACUACAGAUGGUUUUGGCAUUUAAAUUGAUAUUGAUGAAUAUAAAAAAGCAGUUCAGAACAACAGCUCCAGGUUACUGUGUUCUUAUUAUUUAAGCUAUUGCUGGGUGCAUUCUGUUCUAGUCCAUGUCAAUACCUCUCACUGUUACUGCAUCUAUUUCCUCAAACCCUCUGCUUUCCUUCGAUGCGUCAUCGUCCCAUUUUUGUUACCCCAACCCUCCUGUCCGUCGACUCCUCUCAUGUUUGUUAUCUAUUCUCAUUGCCUUAUUUAUUAAUAAAAUAUGCCUACCCCUCUCACUAUCAAUCCCUUAGUGUGGAAUAUACGUAUUCAUACCUGUAUCGCUAUCAUAGGCCUGCUGUCACCGACAAAA